AUGGGGGCCGCCAUAGCGUUCGUCUGCCUGGCAGUUCUUGCUGUAAUACCCGACUCACAAUGCUCCACAUGUUUCCAGACCUACCAAUGCUCCGUCUCCCAGACUUAUCGCCAGAGUUACCAGGUUAACUGUGGCACCUGGGGAUGGGACUGGCAGAGAUGUACAAGAUACAGGAUCGCCUACCGCAGGGCAUAUUCCACCUGUCGACGAUGCUGUACUGGGUACACGGGAAGCUCAUGUACAGAUCGCAACGAAUGCGCCAGCAGCAAUGGAGGGUGUGCCCACAACUGUGUGAAUACAGUAGGGAGUUACCGGUGCACAUGUCGACCUGGAUACCAGCUAUAUUCAUCUCGAUACUGCCGAGAUGUAAACGAAUGCUCUAGCAACAACGGUGGGUGUGAUCACAUCUGCACUAAUACCGCGGGAAGUUAUUACUGUACCUGCCGGCCUGGUUACCACCUGUCAGGGACGCAUCAAUGUAUUGGUGACUCAGAUGACAAUGAGUGUGAAGUAGAGAACGGUGGAUGUCAGCAAAUCUGCGUCAACACUGACGGAAGUUUCUAUUGUUCCUGUCAACCCGGAUAUGCCUUGGAUGCCAACGGUGUUACCUGUAGCGAAGUAAAUGAGUGUCAUUCAAACGAACUGCAAGACUGCCACUACUGCAUCAACACCCCUGGUUCGUUUCGCUGUACUUGUCGAGACGGACACAGGCUAGUCAAUGAAAGAGAAUGUCGUGGAUGUUGA